CGAGAAAUUUGAACAAUCGAUCGGCUAUGGUUUACACCAAGACAUGCGCUUAUGAAUAACACGCCUUUCAUUCAGUGCAUAUUUGAAGUGUUCAGGCAACUGUUGAAUUGCAGAUUGAUAUUUGUUUAUUUACUUAUUUAUUGGAUUUUGUUGAUUUAAUUGAAAUAAGCGUAUUUUUAGUUAAAUAAUAAUAUUGCCAUUUAAAUAGGUAUUAUAUUGUAUCUAAUAUAAAAUAGCCAAAAACUAAAAAAAUCAAGAAAAUGUCAUUCUUUCAAGAAGAAAACGACGAAUAUGAAGAUGUCAGUACCGUUUUGGUGAGAAACUUUCAUCUUGAUCUUAUGGAUCAAGAUAUAUUAUACCAUUUGGCUUUAGGAAGUGGUUCUCACGAUUUAAGAGCUAUGUUUGGUGACGUUAAGUUUGUUUGUAUGGGCGGCACACCCAAACGAAUGGAACAAUUUGCAUACAAAUUAAUGGAAGAAAUAUCUUAUAAAAUACCGACGGGUACAACGCUGCAAGACAUAAGUCGUUAUUCCUAUAGAUAUUCAAUGUAUAAAGUGGGACCUGUACUUUGUAUUAGUCAUGGAAUGGGAAUGCCAUCUGUUGGUAUACUACUGCAUGAAAUUAUUAAACUCAUGUUCCAUGCUAAAGUUGUGGAUCCUAUUUUCUUUAGAAUAGGUACAAGUGGAGGUAUUGGCUUAGAAGGAGGUACUGUGGUAAUUUCUGAUGAAGCCGUUGAUGGCAUGCUUCAACCAAAUUUAGAACUACAAAUUCUUGGAAAAUUAGUAAAAAGAAAUUCGAUCUUGGACAAAAAACUUCAAUGGGAAUUAAAAUCUCUAGCCGAACCAGAUGAUCCGUAUCCAACAGUUAUUGGCAAGACAAUGUGUACAAGUGAUUUUUAUGAAGGCCAAGGGCGUAUGGAUGGAGCUUUUUGUGACUUCUCAGAAGAAGAAAAAAUGGAGUAUUUAGAAAAACUUAAAUCAAAUAACGUGAGAAAUAUCGAAAUGGAAUCAUUGGCAUUUGCUGCCCUGACACAUCAUGCAGGAAUAAAAGCAGCUGUUGUGUGUGUAACAUUACUGGAUAGACUAAAAGGAGAUCAAAUUCAUUAUCCUAAGGAAGUUCUUGACGAGUGGCAGCAAAGACCUCAAAAAUUAGUUUGUCGUUAUAUAAAAAAAUAUUUAUCAAAGAGAGGUAUGAUAUUAAAUAAUCAUUGUGGUUCAAUGAAUGUAAAAAGCCCAAGAAGAUUUAAACUUGUACAACAGGAGUCCGAAAGCUACGAUUGAAAUGUUUACCAUUUUACUCUUUUUAAUGUUUCUAAUAAAAUAAAUUAUUAGUAAUACUUUUA